AAAAUAGAGCUGCAACGAGAACUUAUUGAUCAGACAAGGUCUGUUGGUGCCCGUGUGGAGUUCUUAUGUGAUAUUAUCGGUCAACCGAUUCCGAAAAUUCGCUGGUUCAAGGACGGUCAGGUCCUCUCGGAACAAUCGAAGAAGAUACGGAUCAGAGAAGAACUCUGGGGUGGAGUAAGCUAUUCUCAUCCAGGCAAGGAUGAACUGCGGAUUCGACCCCACCUUAACUACCCCCAUCCGAACCCCCAGCGGGGCUCGAGGCAUGACAGUGCAGCGCAUAAUCUCGACUCGCUGCUCUCUACGCCACAUUACCAAGAGUGCCCUUGGGUCACAGAAAAGGUGUGCAAUUGA